AUGUCCAACGAACGUUGGCUGAAGAACCUGAAAACCCGGCAGAAGAGCCUGCUUGCAUCGUUCUUCAACAUCAAGGCCUUCGUGGAGGCCUACGACGAAGUGCAGCAUGAAUGCCAGGUAGCCGGUCGACUCGAACACCUGGUUACUCUAUGGAACGACUUCAAUGCGGUCCAGGCGGAGCUCGAGACUCUGGACGAAGCAGAAGUCGACAAUCACCUAAAGCAACGAAUUGAAUUUGAGUCGUCAUUCUUCGAAGUGAAAGGCUUCCUGCUCUCUAAAAAUAAAAGCUCUCCUUCGCCGCCCACUCCUUCCUCUUCUCAUUCUACGCCACACGCCCCUGCUUGGUCAUCGCACGUACGUUUACCUGACGUCAAACUUCCGGUAUUUAAUGGCAAUAUCGACAGUUGGUUGAACUUCCACGACUUGUUUGUCUCGCUGGUCUACUGCUCUCACGAACUAUCUAACAUCCAGAAGUUCUACUAUCUUCGUUCUUCUCUAUCCGGAGAAGCUUUGAAACUUAUUCAAACCAUCUCAAUUAGCGCAAACAACUAUCUUGUGGCUUGGACCUUGUUGGUUGACCACUACCAAAAACCAGCAAGAUUGAAGCAGACUUACGUGGACUCACUCUUCGAAUUUCCAUCCCUGAAACGCGAAUCUGCUACGGAGUUGCGCAAUCUCGUCGAGAGAUUUGAGGCGAACGUAAAGGUUCUCAAACAACUUGGCGAAAAAACCGAAUUUUGGGAUAUACUUCUCAUCCGAAUGCUCAGCAUCAGACUAGACCCUACAACGAGACGCGAUUGGGAGGAAUAUUCUUCGACUCUGCCUUCAAUUUCUUUCCCCGAUCUUACCGGCUUUAUCCAGCGGCGUGCAAGCGUUCUUGAAACCAUAGGAAAGAACGUCGAACAGAUGCCGAGCAACGUCAUCAACAAAAAACCUUUGCAGCGAGCAGUCACCAGCCACGGAGCCAACCAACCCAGCUUUCGCAAAUGCAUAUCCUGCUCUAAGCAUCAUCCCUUGUAUUUGUGUCCUGUUUUUUCGAAACUGAGCCUUGAAGAGAAGGAGAAGGAAGUACGGCAACAUCAGCUAUGCAGAAACUGUCUACGUAAAGGUCAUCACGUGAAGGACUGCUCAUCUACUAGCACCUGUCGGUACUGCCGAGGUCGUCAUCACUCUCAGAUCUGCACCAAUGGUACCUCCGGAGACUGCAACCCAAUCAAGCCACGACAACCAUCAAAGCCCACGAACGAACAGCCCUCUGUAUCGUUACCUGCCGCUCUCAAGGACACUCCAUGUCUCGCUGCAGCUAAACUGCCGCUCAUAGCAAUUCACCGCCAGAAACUCAACUGUCCUAUCGUCGGAAUCGGUCAGUCCAUCACUCAAGCUCGUUUCAAGGUUCGAUCUACCAUCCGCUCACGUGUGUGUCAGUACUCCGCCACGUUAGAAUUCCUCGUCUUGCCGAAGAUCACUAUUGACCUCCCUUCAACGUCCGUAAACACCUCAUCUUGGAGCAUUCCAUCUGGCAUCGAGCUUGCCGAUCCAUCGUUCUACAAAUCAAGUCGAAUUGAUCUCAUUCUGGGUGCCGAAAUCUUUUUCGACUUAAUCAAAACAUCGGAAAGAAUCCCGCUCGGUGAUGGCCUUCCAACAUUAGUCAACUCCGUUCUCGGUUGGAUCGUUACCGGUAAAAAUGAGGAACCUCGCACUUCAAUUCGUCCUGUCGUGGCUAACUUGGCUAGCACCAGCGAUCUCAACCAGCUAAUGGAACGAUUUUGGUCUCUUGAAAACGACAACUCAUCACCCAACUACUCCGUUGAAGAAGCAGCUUGCGAAAAUCAUUUCCUGCAACACGUUUCUCGCACACCUGAGGGCCGCUACUGUGUCCGCCUACCGACCAAAAGGGACAUCCUGGACAAACUGACCGACAACCGACGAACCGCACUUCGACGCUUUCACAUGCUUGAAAGUAAACUCAACCGGAACCAGAACCUCAAACAGCAGUACGACAGCUUCAUGGACGAAUAUGAAUCGCUUGGCCACAUGCAGAAGGUACUCGACCCAGACCAACCACCCACUCCAUGCUAUCACCUACCUCACCAUGCUGUAGUUCGAGAAGAGAGCACCACAACGAAGGUCCGCGUAGUUUUCGACGCGUCAUGCAAGACGCCCAACGGUCCUUCCUUAAACAGCGCCCUGAUGAUCGGACCCAUCGUUCAGGAAGAUCUACGUUCCAUCAUCAUGCGUUCCAGACUUCGACCAGUGAUGGUGAUAGCCGACAUCAAGCAGAUGUACAGACAGAUUCUUGUUCAUGAAGAUGACACUCCCCUGCAGCGAAUCGUUUGGCGAGCCUCACCCGACGCACCGAUGUGGACCUACGAGCUUAAGACCGUCACGUAUGGCACCGCUAGUGCCCCGUACUUGGCGACUAGAGUAUUACAACAGCUAGCAGACGACGAGUGCGACCAGUUUCCAGAGGCAGCGAGAGUACUCAAACGGGAUUUCUACGUCGACGACCUUUUUUCUGGAGCUGAUUCCGUCGACGAAGCCGUUUAUCUUCGAAAGCAACUCCAUGCGCUGCUGAUCAAGGGUGGCUUUGAACUCCGGAAAUGGGCAUCGAACAUGCCAGCAGUACUCGAAGACGUAACACCAGACAAUCGUGCUCUUCAAGCAUCAGUGGACCUUUGGAAACACAAAAAAGGAGAACGACACUUCGUUCAGUGGAAGAGAAAAGAUAAAAAAAAAAGUGAAGUGACUGGCGUUUUUUCGUGGUUGGAUUUUCAUCGUACGCGGAACAGUGGAUCGGUGGUACCAGAAACCGGAACCAGGGACCAAAUUCGGAACAGCGGGGUCAACCAGUUCGCCAGGUACAGCACAUAUUGCUGGGACGGCACUGGAUUCUCUGAGAUACCCAAUAACCGUGCCACAGUGGCUGCUGGUUGCUCCGCCGUGUGCAAAUCGAAAGCUCGAGGAAUCGAGGCAAGAGCCUAUCGCGUCGCUAUCCAACUUGCGAGGAAAACGGCAGCAAGCGAACAUCGCCUACGGGGCGCGAGCAACGGCAACAAAAAGCGGUUCCCAAUAUCUGCUGCGUCACGCCUUGGAAGAGGCAGGAUUUCGUGCGCACAAAAGCCCCUGCAACGGGGCUUUUCUGGUUUGGUUUCUUUUCCCAGCACCUCCCACUGGUGGUACAGGCGCGGCAGGCACGCCGUCGAUAACAUUAGACCGGUUCAAAACGGUGGAGAUAAAAAGGAAUUCGUGUACUCAGGAUCUCAAUUCGUGGCACGUGGGCGAAUUUUCGAGUCGUUCAGUAACGCAAAGGAGAAGGAAGUCCGGUAUUCGGACACUCGCGUGGUGUGCUUCGAGGCGACAACCAUCCAUCGUCGAUUUGCCAGUCAUGAUGACGAUGCCGUGCAGGCACCGCAGCGUCAGGCGGCGCUAAUCAUCCUGCGCUAGUCAGUGCAACACCAGCAGGU